AUGGAGAUCACAGAAGUUAAGGUCCACCCAAGAAGCAAAUUCACUAAGGAUGAUGAUGAGAAGCUUAUUAACAUUGUUUCCAGCUAUGGAGCAUCAGAUUGGUCUAAGAUCUCUGCUCUAAUGGGAAACAAAAAUCCCAGGCAGUGCCAAGACAGAUGGAACAAAUAUUUGUGCCCCAAUGUUAACAGAAGCCCAUUCUCGAUCCAAGAGGACCAACUCAUCCUCGAACUUUUUAACAGAUAUGGAGGCAGAUGGGUAUUGAUUGCUAAGCAUUUCAACAAUAGAAGCGAUGUCAGCAUCAAGUCUAGAUUCAGGGUACUUCAGAGAAGAAACGUAAGUGUUGAACUUUUAAGGAAUAUUCCACAGAUUAUGAAAACAAAGAAUAAAGUUCAAGAGAUCGACUCAUUCCUCCUACAGAGAAAAGAAGAAUCUUCUUCAAGCAUUCCACAAAGCCCAGCAACAGAAGAUGAUCUUUUUGAUCUCGGUUCAGACGACUUUCUCUUUGAUUCAAUUAUCUUUGACUGA